AUGAAUAACUCUCACCAUGUUAAACCUAUCCCACUGAAUUAUUCUGCUGCAUUCAUUCAAUUUUCUAUAAACAGUGUUGGUAUCUUUAAUAACUUCCUUUUACUUUAUGCUCACGUCAAAGAUCCUUACAAGAUUCUGAACCGUUGUUACUUUAUCGUCAACAUUGGUGUCGUGGAUUUUCUUGGAUCGCUGCUGUUGUUUCUUUAUACAACUCUUGUACUUGGACGUGUUUUCAACCCAGCAGACAAAGAGUUGUUGAGUCUAAUUUCAAAUGAAGUUGUAUCGCUCUCUUUAACUGCGUCGUUGUUGUCAUUUUUCAGCUUGGCAAUUGAACGAUUUUUAUCCGUCGUCUAUCCGCUAUGGCACAAAGUUCACUUCUCAAACAAAGCCUGCAGGUACUGGCUUGCUGGAAUGUGGCUGUUCCUUUUCACUUUUGAAUCUGUGCAGUACGUUAAAGAGGACAUUGAGUUUCGGAUUGCUCGAGUUGGGCUUUAUUUCAUAGGGUUCUUCACCACCAACAUGCUCUAUCUUGCUGCUUAUAUAUCAAUAGUGAAACAACGUAAGGCCGCUAAGAAAAGCAGGGAAUCAAGUCACACCAACCAAAGAGCAAUACAGUUUCGCCUGAAAAAUGAAAAAUGUUUUUUGUCCACGGUAGCGAUAGUUUGUGUUAUUUUUACCGUUCUUUUUUCCCCAGUUUUUGCCUUGUAUGUACUCAUUUCUCUGGAGAAAGCAAAGCAAACGUUUAGUGGCAUUAACAUUAUAAUAGUGAGCUACAGUCCUUGGAUGUUUGUUAUGGGGUCUUUGAAUUUUGCUAUCAAUGUACCGAUGUACGUUUGGCGUCUACCUAAAUACAGGAAAACUUUUAAGAAACUUUAUUGCUGGAGCUAUACAUAGGUUCACCGAAGAAAUUACUUCAGGAUUUUGAUGUGGAAAUUUUAGUUAAAGUUGACCAUACGUAAAAUGAUGUUGAUUGUAUAGAAGUGUGUUUUUAGCAACAGCACUCUCUCCCACUAAGAAAAUUCUCUUCAAUUGCAUACGAUGCUUAUACAUACAUGCAUGAAAUUCAAAGUGAUUCACUAGAGUAGACAAGUUGAAUACCACAAUAAAAUGUUUAAAAUAGUUACUACUCAUCCAGUAAAUAUUACAGUAGAAAAUUAUAACUCGUUCGCAUUACAAAGUCAAUUUAUAAAA